UUUGUUUGAACGCAUUUUCAGAGCUUCUUUCAUCACACAGAAAUGGAUUUCUACUACAGACCCGGAUCUGCGCCCUGCCGUUCAGUUCUUAUGACCGCCAAGGCCCUUGGCGUGGAAUUCGAUAAGAAGAUUGUUGUCAACACGCGUGCCGGGGAUCAGUUCAAGCCGGAAUAUCUGAAGAUCAAUCCACAGCACACGAUACCGACACUGAAUGACAAUGGCUUUGCCCUGUGGGAGUCGCGUGCCAUUAUGGUGUAUCUCGUGGAGAAGCACGGACAGGAUGACAAGCUCUUUCCCAAGGACACACAGAAACAGGCACUGAUCAAUCAGCGUCUGUACUUCGAUAUGGGAACGCUCCACAAGAGCUUUGCCGACUACUACUACCCGCAGAUCUUCCAGAAGCAGGCGCCCAAUGCGGAGUCCUACAAGAAAAUCGAAUCUGCCUUCGAGAUCUUCAACGCGCUCCUCGAGGGACAAAGCUAUGCAGCUGGCGACUACAGCCUGGCUGACAUUGCGCUCUUGGCCACUGUGUCCACCUUCGAUGUGGCGGGCUUCAACUACAAGCGGUACUCCAAUGUGGCCAAGUGGUACGAGCAGGUCAAGGAGGUCACGCCCGGCUGGGUCAUCAAUUGGACUGGUUGCCUGGAGUUCCGCAAAUACUUUGACAACUGAUUGGGUUCGGUUUAUUGCACUUGGUUCUUAGGAAUAAACAUCUAAGCUAAACUUAACUAGA